AUGAGCACGUCGCCUCUUCUCGCCAAGUCGGCCAAAGAUGCUUUCAUCGAAGUCAUGCUCAUGCCCGGCGGCAAUCUCGAGGCAGUCGAGGCGCUCUACGCGUGCUGCCAGGUGGACGUCUUCGUGCACUCCAUGGCGCGCCUGCGCAACGCCGCCGCCGCCAAACGCCAGAUGCUCGGGCUCGUGUCGCCGCCGCAGCUCAUGCACGCCGAGCCGUAUACCGUCCGCGAUAUGCUCACCUUCCAACCGGACCCGUUCGCCCAUCCCAUGCUCCGCCUGCACCACGCGCUGCAGGAGCCCGCCGCGCGCCUGUUCGGGGACAUUCUGCGCUUCAUGGGGCUUGCGAGCGGCGCGGGAGGCGCAACGUUCAUCGGCGGAGGCCCCGCGGGGAGGCUGAGUCCGGCGGCGGAGAUUGCGCUGGUUGCGCGCGUGCUGCAGACGAUUGGCGAAGAGCCGCUGCUUCGCGACGAGCUGUUUCUGCAGUUACAGAAGCAGACGCGCGUGAAUGAUUACCGCAUCCCCGCUCCACUCCCCGCUCCCCCGCGCGCCCCUAUCUUCCCCAGCGACUCGUGCAUAAAGGCGUGGGAGCUCAUGCGCUACUGCGCGUACAUCUUCCCGCCGACCACCACCGUCGCGACGCCCCUAGUCGACUAUUUCACCGCGCUCGCCGCCGACCCCAAGUGCGAUCCGGGAAUCCUCGGCGCGCUGCGGCUGGCGUGGAAGGCGCUCGAGCACGGGCUGGAGCACGGGCCGCGGGAGACUAUACCGGGGGAGGAGGAGGUUCGCGCGCUUUUAACGGGGACCCCGAUGGUGGUGCCGGUGUUUCUGUGCAACGACGCGCCGGAGAAUAUUCACUAUGGACCGACGACCACGGCGGAAGAGGCGGUGAAGAAUAUCCACUAUGGGCCGACUACCACGGCGGAAGAAGCGGUCAAGAUCCUAUGUAAGAAGCUGCAAGUCUCCGCCACCUCCCCCUUCGCGCUCUACACCAGCCGCGCCACGCGCCCGCUCGUUGGCUCCGCGCCCGCCGCCGGCUCCGCCUCCCCCGCGCCCGGCGGAAUGAAGGGCGCCGCCAUCCCGCCAGCCGUCGUGGAGCACGUGCUGCUGCCCCGCAGCGCGUACAUCUCGGACCUUCUCGUCGAUUACGGCACGGCGGCUCAGGUGGGGCAGUCGCGCGGGCAGCAGGUGGUGUGCAAGCUGCUGCUGCGCAAGCGCUGGUUCGACCGCGCCGAUGCUGACGUGGCGGAGCGCCAGUUCGUGCGCCUCUGCUACGUGCAGUUGCGCCGCGACUACAUGGAGAGCCGUUACCUCGUCACGGCGGAAGGCGCGGUGGUGCUGGCAGCGCUCGAGUGGCUGGCGCUGAUGACUAAAUCGGUACCAGCUAUCGUAGCGGGCGCUAUGAGCGAGGACGAUUGGGCCAAGCAGAUCGCCGCCCAGUACAAGACGCUCUGGUCCCUAGACCACGAGGGCACCAUGCGUGAGUUCACGCGGAUCAUCCUCGACAGCCCGCACGGAGGCUCUGUCUUCUUCCCCCUCCGCCCGCACCCCGACAUUGCUGCUUCCUUUCCCAAGCGCAUGGAAGUGGGAAUCAAUCACAACGGGUCGCAUUUCCUCAACCCGGAGGACCAUUCGCUCGUGCUAGAGGCGGAGCUGAAGGACAUUGCAGAGUAUGCCGGCAAGCCCGGGCGAGUCUACUUCUCCCUGCUCAUGCGCAAUCAGCUCUGCCCCCUCGAAUUCGCCACCAAGGGGGGGGACGAGAUCACCCAGCUGUUGGACCAUCACAUUGCGAAUGCUGUUAGGCUAGCAAGAGGCGAGCACGUGGGAGUGGAGAGCGAGAGCGGCAUUGAGGAAGGUGAGAGGAGCGUUGCGGGGAGGGGGGUGGAGAAGGGGAGGGUGAUGGUGCGGCAGGAGGGGCUGCUGAUGCCGUCUCUUCGCAUGUCACAAGGCGUGGCAGCAGCAGCAGCGGGGGGGAGGAGGGUGGGCAGGGAGGGGGGAGCGAAGGGGAGGGUGAUGGUGCGGCAGGAGGGGCUGCUGAUGCUGUCUCUUCGCAUGUCACAGGGCGUGGCAGCAGCAGCAGCCGUUUCUCACGGCUCGUCACGGCUUGACACCUUUUGA